AGCUGGACAUAACCAUGUUGAAAAAAAAGUUAAACGGCAGAGAUCACAGGUUCCCAGUGGUCAGUCUGCUCAUCAUCAUCAUCAAACAGACCUGGCCUCCAUAUUUAUGCUGCUCCAAGAAAACAUUGGCAAUUUUGUGAAGAACGAGGUGAAGAAGUUCCAGGGAGUUCUGAGUCCAGAUUACCCAGAAUGCUUAGAGAGUCAGAGGGAGGAUGAGGAGGUGUUGGACGGUGAGGAGGAGGAGCAGAGGAGGAGCAGCAGAGAGGCAUUUCUGAAGAUCACACUGCUCUUCCUGAGGAGAAUGAAGCAGGAGGAGCUGGCUGAGCGUCUGCAGAGCAUGUGCCGACGUAAACUCAAGUCUAACCUGAAGAAGAAGUUCCAGUGUGUGUUUGAGGGGAUUGCUAAAGCAGGAAACCCAACCCUUCUGAACCAGAUCUACACAGAGCUCUACAUCACAGAGGGAGGGACUGCAGAGGUCAAUGAUGAACAUGAGGUCAGACAGAUUGAAACAGCAUCCAGGAAACCAGACAGACCAGAAACAACCAUCAGACAAGAAGACAUCUUUAAAGCCUCACCUGGAAGAGAUGAACCAAUCAGAACAGUGAUGACAAAGGGAGUGGCUGGCAUUGGGAAAACAGUCUUAACACAGAAGUUCACUCUGGACUGGGCUGAAGACAAAGCCAACCAGGACAUACAGUUCAUAUUUCCAUUCACUUUCAGAGAGCUGAAUGUGCUGAAAGAGAAAAAGUACAGCUUGGUGGAACUUGUUCAUCACUUCUUUCCUGAAACCAAAGAAGCAGGAAUCGGCAGGUUUGAAGAGUUCCAGGUUGUGUUCAUCUUUGACGGUCUGGAUGAGUGUCGACUUCCUCUGGACUUCCACAACAAUGAGGUCCUGACUGAUGUCACAGAGUCCACCUCAGUGGAUGUGCUGCUGACAAACCUCAUCAGGGGGAACCUGCUUCCCUCUGCUCGCCUCUGGAUAACCACACGACCUGCAGCAGCCAAUCAGAUCCCUCCUGAGUGUGUUGACAUGGUGACAGAGGUUAGAGGGUUCACUGACCCACAGAAGAAGGAGUACUUCAGGAAGAGAUCCAGAGAUAAGAAGCAGGCUAGCAGCAUAAUCUCCCACAUCAAGACAUCACGAAGCCUCCACAUCAUGUGCCACAUCCCAGUCUUCUGCUGGAUCACUGCUACAGUUCUGGAGGAGGUGUUGAGGACCACAGAGGGAGGAGAGCUGCCCAAGACCCUGACUGAGAUGUACAUCCACUUCCUGGUGGUUCAGUCCAAACUGAAGAACACCAAGUAUGAUGGAGGAUCUGAGACAGAUCCACACUGGAAGAGCAGGAAGAUGAUUGAGUCUCUGGGAAAACUGGCUUUUGAGCAGCUGCAGAAAGGAAACCUGAUCUUCUAUGAAUCAGACCUGACAGAGUGUGGCAUCGAUAUCAGAGCAGCCUCAGUGUACUCAGGAGUGUUCACACAGAUCUUUAAAGAGGAGAGAGGGCUGUACCAGGACACGGUGUUCUGCUUCGUCCAUCUGAGUGUUCAGGAGUUUCUGGCUGCUCUUCAUGUCCAUCUGACCUUCAUCAACUCUGGUGUCAAUCUGCUGGCAGAAGACCAAACAACCUCCCGGCGGUCUAAAGUCUUUAGAGAGAAACCUAAAUUAAAACAUGUCUACCAGAGUGCUGUGGACAAGGCCUUACAGAGUCCAAACGGACACCUGGACUUGUUCCUCCGCUUCCUCCUGGGUCUUUCACUGCAGACCAAUCAGACUCUCCUACGAGGUCUGCUGACACAGACAGGAAGUAGCUCACAGACCAAUCAGAAAACAGUUGAGUACAUCAAGAAGAAGAUCAGUGAGAAUCUGUCUCCAGAGAGAAGCAUCAAUCUGUUCCACUGUCUGAAUGAACUGAAUGAUCGUUCUCUAGUGGAGCAGAUCCAACAGUCCCUGAGUUCAGGAAGUCUCUCCACAGAUAAACUCUCUCCUGCUCAGUGGUCAGCUCUGGGCUUCAUCUUACUGUCCUCAGAAAAAGAUCUGGAUGUGUUUGACCUGAGGAAAUACUCUGCUUCAGAGGAGGCUCUUCUGAGGCUGCUGCCAGUGGUCAAAGCCUCCAACAAAGCUCUGUUGAGUGGCUGUAACCUCUCAGAGAGAAGCUGUGAAGCUCUGUCCUCAGUUCUCAGCUCCCAGUCCUCUAGUCUGAAAGAGCUGGACCUGAGUAACAACAACCUGCAGGAUUCAGGAGUCAAGCUACUGUCUGCUGGACUUGAGAGUCCACACUGUACCCUGGAAACUCUCAGCCUGUCAGGCUGUCUGAUCACAGAGGAAGGCUGUGCCUCUCUGGCCUCAGCUCUGAGCUUGAACCCUUCCCAUCUGAGAGUGCUGGAUCUGAGCUACAAUUAUCCAGGAAAGUCAGGAGUGAAGCUGCUUUCUGCUGGACUGGAAGAUCCACACCGGAAACUGGAUACUCUCAGGGUGGACCAUGGUGGAGAGCAAUGGUUAAAAUCUGGUCUGAGGAAGUAUUUCUGUGAACUCACACUGGACACAAACACAGCACACAGAAACCUUAAACUGUCUGACAACAACAGGAAGGUGACGGUGGUGACAGAGGAGCAGCCAUAUCCUGAUCAUCCAGAGAGAUUUGACUGCUGGCAGCUGCUGUGUAGAAAUGAUCUGACUGGUCGCUGUUACUGGGAGGUCGAGUGGAGAGGAGAAGUUUAUAUAUCAGUGAGUUACAGAGGAAUCAGAAGGAGAGACUGUGAUGAAUGUGGGUUUGGAAUGAAUGAUCAGUCCUGGAGUCUGAGCUGCUCUGAUUGUCGUUACUCUGUCUGUCACAAUAACAGAGAAACAGUCCUCCCUCUCUCCUCCUCCUCCUCCUCCUCCUCCUCCUCCUCUAACAGAGUAGCAGUGUAUGUGGACUGUCCUGCUGGCACUCUGUCCUUUUACAGAGUCUCCUCUGACACACUGAUCCACCUCCACACCUUCAACACCACAUUCACUGAACCUCUUUAUCCUGGGUUUGGAUUCUGGCCUGACUCCUCAGUGUCUCUGUGUUCUGUGUAGGAGGGAGACAACUUCCAGUCCUGUGGUUUAAAUGUUGGUGGUGGACGAGGCUUCACUUUGGUUAACAUCUGACUCACUGAUUGUGCCUUUAAUGUCAGAAAUGUGUUUUCUUAGAAAUGGUGAAAUGAUCUCCUCAGGGCUGAACUUGUGUAUAAACUGUGCUGACUUUGAUUUUUACUUUAAUAAAGUUUUCUUGGAGGAGCAUCUAGUAGCUGCUGAUGGCUGCAGAGCUUCUCAUUCACUUCAAUAAAAGUUUGAAGACAAAAACUCAA